UUCCACUGGAGGUUUGACAGCAGGUCCGUUUUUACCGCUUUGCUUUCUUUAUUCCACCCUGUCGCCCUGCUUCUUUCUCUGUUAAAUACGUCUCGGCCUGCCCUCUGAGUGUAUUUAUUUAUUCAUGCAUCUAAUUUGAAAACAUUUAGCUUUUUUUUUCUUUUUUACAUUUUAGUCCUUCCUCAAAUGAGAAGACGUAAAAGAUGGAGCUUCAUAUUUUAGAGCACAGCUUGAAAGUGGCGAGUAUAGAGAAAGAGGGGAUCCAGAUUUGCACUCACGGAUUAAUAAAACUCGCCUUCCUGGCCUCCAAAACAAGAUGCAAGUUUUUCAGUUUGACAGAGACUCCAGAGGACUAUACCAUCAUCGUUGACGAGGAAGGAUUUAAAGAGCUGCCCCAGUCGGAGCACAUCAGCGUUGCCGACGCCACGUGGGUGGCCCUUAACGUGGUGUCAGGAGGUAGCAACACAUCCACUUCACAACCCAUAGGAGUCACCAAAAUCGCUAAAUCAGUCAUCGCACCACUGGCCGACCACAACAUUUCUGUUUUCAUGCUGUCGACGUAUCAGACGGACUUCAUCCUGGUGAGUGUGAAUAUUGUUCAUGUCAACGUUCUGUGUGUGAAUGGUGUGGGUCUCGACAGCCAUACUUUGUUUCGAGUGGUCAACGGGGAGACUGUUGCUGCUCACAAUCUGGGGGUGACCAAUGGCUUUGUGAAACCAAAACUAGUGCCCCGUCCUAUCAUUCACCCCUUAUCCAGUCCCAGCAACAUGUUCUGUGUGACCAGCCUGGACCCAGACACACUGCCCUCUGUGGCCACUCUGCUCAUGGACGUCAUGUUUUACUCUGGAGGGCAAAAAGAGUCUGGAGCAUCCAGUGAAGACUCGAACCACAUCCGCUUCUUCUCCUUCUCCCUGAUCGAGGGCUACAUCUCUCUGGUCAUGGAUGAACAGACAACACAAAGGUUUCCAAACAAUGUACUUUUUACCAGUGCCUCUGGUGAGCUUUGGAAAAUGGUUCGAAUUGGAGGGCAACCUUUAGGAUUUGGUGAGUUUUUUGUUGCUGUAGUAAUGGAUAGAAGCAGGCCACAUGUCUUAAAGGCUACUUUGCGUCUUCUUCAGGUUCCUGAAGAAAACAUCCAAAGUGUGAUUGGCGCACUGCGGACUGAGAGUGCUGCACAGUGAAGGAAGCUGGAGAAAGCGAUGACGACUACCAUCUCCAAAGUCAUUUUGUUUAAAAGUUUAUCAUGUCCAAAAAGUGCCAAGAGCUUGCUAGCGGACUACUGUGGGUCAACUCUGAAAGGAAGGACGGAGGGAGAGAGGAGGGUGACAGUGUGUUAGGGAAGCCUUUGUUACUCAACCAUUUUCUUUACUCCCCCAACUACUCUUUGCCUUCCUUCGUGCCCAAGUCCCCUCCACCUCCACGCUCUGGUAGUUUUUGCGUUAGUUUACCAAACUGUCUCUUUUCUUCUCUAAAGCUGCUUCUUCCCACUCCCUGACCCUCCUGAGCACCCUACUGUAUUAGUUACAUAAUUCCUCUCAUGGAAAGAUGACGAAUGUACUCUCAAAGCAAAAUAAUUAUUAUAUAUAGUUAUCAAAUUCUCCUUUUUUUGUUUGCUUUGUUUUUCCACAGGUCAUUUUUCUCAGUGCCAAGAUGUUUGAAUGCCUAAACCGAUGCCUUUGUCUAAAAUACUGCACAUGUGCAAUUGAAGGAGACAGCCAGCGUUGGCGCUUGUUUUUGCUUUUUAGUCGUCGUUGAACGUGUUUUAAUCAUCGAUCUGACUAUUGAAGUCCCCCAGACUUAUAAUCAGUCUGGCGAAACGUGAAGUGAAUCAUUUAUUUUGUGCAUUUAAUAAGUUACAUCCAUGCACACUGUGAGCAAUAUGAUCGACGGGCCAAUCAGGAUCUGUAGAUUUGAUUAUAGGUGUCAUUUUUGUGAGAGGUUGUUGAUUUCUUAUUUGAUUUUGGAUAGGAUAUAGAAAACAAAGUUCCCAGUUGACGUAUUCUUAAUAACUUCUCCCACAGCGUCACAAUCAGUUCAAAACGUCUCUUAUUUUGAGCCAUUCCCAUCAGCCUCUUCUGCACACUAUUUGUUACCUGAAAUGGUCAACGUGGUCCUCAUUAGACCUCUGAAACACUAUCAUGUGAGCAUUACAACCACUCCCACACUAACCACUAUGUGCCAAAUUUAGGUUCAGUUUGCCACAAAAUUAAAUUUAAGUCUGUACUAUCUUGUGAGGGUUUUAAAUUAGCUCUAAAUUGUUAUUUCUCUUUGUUCAUAUUGUGUCAAUUAAUCUAAUUUAAAACAUAAAAAUUGCACACUGAAAUCAAUGUGGGUUUUUCUUUUUUUAUGGAGGGUCGCAAAGUGUUGAUUAAAAACUCCAUCCAGCCAUUCUCUUCCACUUAUCUUCCUCAUCUUUCAAACUGAGUGAGUAUUAAUCAGCGGACGUGAAGAAACUGAUUUUAAUUGGUUUAGUUUGUAUUAAAAAAAAAAUAAGAACACAAAUUUAAAAAUGCAAAUAAAUAGCCAUUAAAAAGUGUGAUUUUUGGCCCAUUUUGAGGCGAUUUUUCACUCGUGCGACCGUCUUGGGGAUCGGCCUCAGUUUAGCUUUAAUCGUGUGUCGUGCAUUGUGUAGUAUACCUGAGAAGCGAUUAACACCUCACUUCAUGUUACCAAGCUAAAGGUCACAUCAGAGCAUCCUGACCUAUGAAUUUCUAACCCCUGCGAUUCAGUCGCACAGUUUGAGCGCGAGCUGAAUAACGCGACUGAAAGAAAUCGCACAGUGUAUGCCAGUUUUAGUAAAAUAAUCAGUGCAGAUCUAUACCAGGCACAUAAAAUUUCAAAUUACCUUUACAAUCUUCCUCGUACCCAGAAAUAUAUCUGAAACUCCAACUGAUAUUGAUUUGAUUGAUGGAUUUAAAACAAAAACCCCAGAAGAUAAUCUUUUGAGGUGGAUUUGUGAUCCCGCCAUGCAUUAACUUUACAAUGCAGGUCUGUGUGCAAAAGUAUGAAAGUAGAGGCUGCGGGGAAAAGGAGGGAGCGGCUACCUCCACCCUGUCAAUACUUCAAAUAAGCGCGUACCAACAACACUGAACACGGUAAAAAUAACAGAAGUUCCUCCACGAGCAUCUGUCUCAUUUAAAGAAACCGUUCACUACUAAAUAGUUGCUUUUGAUGGCAAUCGUACUAACAGCAUGACCCGUUUUCCAACUGCCAAAAACUCAUGUUUGAGAGCAAUUACGCCGACGCUUUCCAGUGACCGUGUUGCUCACAGUGUGCAUUGGAGUGAGAAACGCUGAAAAGAUUUGCAUCGACACUAGUCAUAAAUUACUGAGCCACUUCCAUGAGCUAGAAUAAUGUCAGUGCAAAUGUGCUAACAUAAGCUACGGUUCACACAGGGGAAGGAAGGUUACACUCCGAGCCCUGGUGUCCAUUUUGGUCUUGAAGCUGCCCCUCUCCUACUCCAGUCUGCACUUUAAUGCAGGUCCCACCCCCACAGACCUGCUGUACUGAUGUGAACACAGAGAGGGCUCUUUUCUUUAGCUAGAUCUUAUCCACAUGGAACGAUUUCUGUUGGUAUUAACCGUUGGUGAUGAUGUUUUUGUUUUCUUCUCUUCACACCACCUUCCACCUAUCUGCAGCCUCUCCUCUGAUCACAUUUGAUUAGUAGAUAAUCUGUAUUUAUCAGUGUUAAAACAUGAGGAAGGUGUUAUUUCUUCUGAUUGCAUUUCAAAGAGAAAGCCUUUCAUUUUGAAGCUUCUUUUGUGUGGGGGGGGGAAUAAAUGAAAAAAAAAUAAACUAGCUGUUUUUUGA